UAUAUAACCCCUUCUUGCUCCCGUGUCGUUCUGUAGUAGUAUCUGGAGUUAUGGCUGUCCACAUGAAGAAGAUGCCCGGCCAAUUGACCGUGGUCAUAAAACUCGGUACAAGUUCCAUAGUAGACGAGAAGACACAUCAGCCCCUCCUUUCCAUCCUCUCCCUCAUCGUUGAAACAGCAUGUAAGCUCCACGCUGACGGACACCGCGUCGUCAUCGUCUCCUCUGGCGCUAUCGGCGUUGGGCUGCGACAAAUGAACCUCCCCCGCCGUCCUAAACACCUUCCCAAAGUCCAGGCGCUGGCUGCUAUCGGCCAGUGUAAACUGCUAGCGCUGUGGGAUCAGCUGUUCGGGAACCUGAGCCAGCCGAUUGCGCAGGUGCUAUUGACGAGGAACGACAUCGCGGAUCGGACGCAGUACCAAAAUGCGCAGAAUACUUUCAUCGAGCUAUUGAGCAUGGGCGUCAUUCCAAUCGUCAACGAGAACGACACAUUGGCUGUUACGGAGAUCAAGUUCGGUGACAACGAUACACUGAGUGCGAUCACGGCGGGCAUGGUGCAGGCGGACUAUCUGUUCUUGAUGACUGAUGUCGACUGUCUGUAUGACAAGAACCCACGUACAAACCCAGAUGCGAAGGCUAUCGAGGUUGUAGAGGACAUCUCAGAGUUGACUGCAGACGUGAACUCGGCAGGGUCAGCACUAGGCACAGGAGGAAUGAGCACGAAGAUCGUUGCCGCGCGACUGGCGACAAGUGCGGGUGUUACAACGGUCAUCACGAAGAGCUCGAAACCAGGUAACAUCUCAGCCAUCAUCAAGCACGCAGAGCAGCAACGGAAGGCGAACAUGUCGAGUCGCAACUCGAUCAGCAACUUCCAAGACGAUGCAGUAGCAAACCUCCAUGCCGCCUCUCACGACCUCUCAAAUUCCACGUCCUCGCUCCCAGAAGCCGAGAAUCAGAGCACCACCAUCCCCACCCCACAGACCGACGCCGAGCCCGUCCCACUACACACACGCUUCCUCCCCAUCUCCCAUCCAAUCCGCGACCGCUACUUCUGGAUCUUGCACGGCCUCGCGCCACACGGCACAAUAUACAUCGACAACGGGGCCUUCAAAGCACUCCACGACAAAGCAGGCCUGCUGCCAGUAGGCAUCGUAGACGUAGAGGGCCACUUCGCCCAGCAAGAAGCCGUCCGCAUCGUCGUCGUCAAACGCUUAAACACAACCUCCGCCCCCGUCACAUUGCCCACAAUACCCGCACCCCACACGCCCACACACGCAACACACACUCACGCGCCCGUUCCCUUGCGGCAUCCCCUUCCCCACGCAAACUCCCACCCCCACUCCCACACCUCGAGCGGGACGCACACGCCGCUCUACGAACUCACAAACCCGGCGCCUUUUGAGAUUGGCAGAGCGGUGGUCAACUACUCGGCGAGCGAGAUUAGGAGGAUCAAGGGCAUGCACUCGACGCAGAUUGUGAAGGAGUUGGGGUAUGCGGAUAGUGAGUAUGUGGCGGUUAGGGAGAAUAUUGCGUUUUUUGGGAUUGAGAGAAGUAGGCCGCCUACGCCGCAGUUGGAGCACUAGGUGGGGUCGAGAGGAGGGAGAACAGACAUAGUUUGUUUUGUUCACUUGUUUCGAAUUCGGAGCGCUGCAGAUGAUGGUCUGGAAGAAAGAUGCGCAAAUGGACAGUCAAGCAUGCUUACCGCCCUAAAGGAUUGGUAAUGAAACGGUCAUACACGCAAACACCGGCACCGUUCUCCACAUGAACGAUCCUUUGCUGCAGUCAACCACACAUGUAGCUGUCCAGACAUCGAUUCUCGUGCACAUUGCGCUGACGCACAGCACAAGAGUGCACACAUGAAGUAUCCAUUGUCAAAGUUCAACUCAUGUCACAGUGUUGCGGACGUUCUGGGACAAGACAU